GUCAACCCAUCAACUUGACAGGAGUUUGAAAUCUCAGCGCUCCGCCCCCUAAAAAAACAAUCGGCCCCGCCCACCCACUUUGUUCACGUGACAGGCCGUCGCCCAGGUUGUGUCGAAAGCGUCCUGGUGUUAGCAUUUUACUGACUGUAGGGGAAACUAGCAAAAGCGACAUGGAAACAAUUUAGCCGACUUCUAACAUAUGGAUUUACUUGAUAAGGAAACACUUGAAAUGAAGGCUUUGCUCACGACGUGCCUGCCGGUGCGUGAAGACGUCAGUUAUCACGGCUAACAAAACAUUAGCCUGUUAGCUUACCGUUCAAACUUUGACGGACAACUGAGGCGAUCCGCAGGCUACUUGCUAAUGCUUCCUCUGCAGUUUACUACUACUACUCGAUCAUAUAAGGUGACGUUUUGUUUGGUUUCUCUUGUGGUUACGCUACGUGAGCAUCGCCUUAGCUUUAAAGAUACCGACCACUGAUUAAUCGUUUUACCUAAAGUGAGCUUAACUUUACGAAGUAACGUCCGCUAUUUCAAUCCAAAUUAACCUUCGUUUGUUUGCUAAUGCUAGCCAUAGCCCGUAAACUGUCCAACUUUGUCAGCAACUAACACAUAUUCAAUCAGACAUCGAAAGUUGCUAACUUCCUCCGCACAGAUGAUAGAGGAGAGUGGACAGAUUGUUUUUUAGCAGCCAAAAACUCCAUUGUAUGUGUGUGUUUUUAAAUUAGUUACCGAUCGAUUAUGCAUAAAUUCAGGAUGAUAAAGCCAGGGGGAUCAGGGAGACUGCUUUGUGUCAGAAAGAACACCGUCCGGUUUUCCGAUAAUCUGUGAGCAUUUCGCAAUGCAGCAUCUCUAGAUAUCCAUUAAUAGCGCGUAUCUGAGCGUGUUUAUUGAAGUUGGAUACGGUUGGUGCGGAGCUUCAUUCAAACCGGUUCAGCGUGUAGUCUUCACCGGUGGAGUGAUGUCUGGAGACGCGUCAGAUAGCAGUGAUGAUUCCGAUGGGAAAACCAACGAGAAGACCUCAACUGUUAAGCAUCAGAUCACUAAUGCCAACCUUACAGGUCACACGGAGAGGGUCGGGAUGGAGAACUUUGAACUUCUGAAGGUUUUAGGCACUGGAGCCUAUGGAAAGGUGUUUUUGGUCAGGAAGAACAGCGGUCAUGAUGCGGGCCAGCUCUAUGCCAUGAAGGUCUUAAAGAAAGCGGCGAUCGUUCAGAAGGCAAAGACGACAGAGCACACGCGCACUGAGAGGCAGGUUCUGGAGCACAUCCGCCAGUCGCCCUUCCUGGUCACGCUGCACUACGCCUUCCAGACCCAGAGCAAGCUGCACCUCAUCCUGGACUACGUGAGCGGUGGGGAGAUGUUUACCCAUCUGUACCAGCGGGAUCACUUCUCCGAGGAUGCGGUGCGGAUCUAUAUCGGAGAAACAAUCCUGGCUCUAGAGCACCUGCACAAGCUUGGGAUCGUGUACCGAGACAUCAAGCUGGAGAACAUCCUCCUGGACAGCGAAGGCCAUGUGGUAUUGACAGAUUUUGGGCUCAGCAAAGAGUUCCUGGAGGAGGAGAAGGAAAGAACUUACUCUUUCUGCGGCACCAUUGAAUACAUGGCUCCAGAGAUCAUCAGGGGCAAGGCGGGGCACGGCAAGUCUGUGGACUGGUGGAGUCUCGGGAUCCUGAUGUUUGAGCUCCUGACAGGAGCGUCUCCUUUCACCCUGGAAGGAGAGAGGAACUCCCAAAGCGAGGUGUCAAAGCGGAUCUUGCGCUGUGAUCCUCCUUUCCCCUCCAUGAUCGGACCCGUCGCUCAGGACCUUCUGAAGAAGCUGCUGGUGAAGGAUCCUCACAGACGACUGGGCUCUGGCCCACGAGGAGCCGAGGAUAUCAAGGCUCAUCCUUUCUUUAAGGGACUGAACUGGGAAGACCUGGCGAAGAAGCAGGUGGCCGCCCCCUUCAAGCCAGAGCUGAAGAACGAGCUGGACGUGGGCAAUUUUUCCGAGGAGUUCACUGGGAUGGAUCCCGUCUACUCUCCGGCGAGCACGCCCCCGAGCACAGACCGGCUGUUUAAGGGCUACUCCUUCAUCGCUCCGUCCAUCUUAUUCAACAAGAACGCCGUGAUGGGAGACUUUGUGGAGUCUCAGGUCAAAGUGGAGCGCCCGGCAUCGGCUUCAGUCCAGCGCAGUGCCAUGUUAGAGGAGUCUCAGUUCUUCCUGCACUAUGACCUGGACCUGCAGGGGCCGCCGCUUGGCGAGGGCAGUUUCUCCGUGUGCAGGAAAUGCAGACACAAGCAAAGCGGCCACGAGUACGCCGUCAAGAUCGUCAGCCGCCGAAUGGAGGCAAACACUCAGAGGGAGAUCGCUGCUCUGAGGCAGUGUGAGGCUCACCCCAACAUCGUCAAGCUGUACGACGUCUACACCGACCAGUAUCACACGUAUUUAGUGAUGGAGCUUCUUCGAGGCGGGGAGUUACUGGAGAGGAUCAAGAGGAAGAAGCUGUUUGGGGAGGCCGAGGCCAGCCAGCUGCUGCAGAGCCUGGUGUCAGCGGUCAGCUUCAUGCAUGAAGCCGGAGUCGUGCACCGGGACCUGAAACCAGAGAACGUGCUGUUUGCAGACGAGGGGGAGGACUCCCCUCUGAAAGUCAUAGACUUUGGGUUCGCCCGGCUCUGCCCCGCCGGCAGCGCCCCCCUGCAGACUCCCUGCUUCACGCUGCAGUACGCAGCGCCGGAGCUUUUCGAAAGAGCUGGAUACGAUAAAUCCUGCGACCUGUGGAGCCUCGGCGUCAUCCUGUACACCAUGCUGUCGGGGCAGGUGCCGUUCCAGAGCGAGCAGCGGGGAAUGACCUCGUCAUACGCCGCAGACAUCAUGCAGAAGAUCAAGGAGGGAGAUUUCUCGCUGGACGGAGAUGCGUGGAAGGGUGUAUCGGAGGACGCCAAAGAGCUCGUGAAAGGCCUGCUGACUGUGGAUCCGGAGAUGCGCCUCAAACUCUCGGACCUGAAGGAGAACAGCUGGCUGCAGGGCGGGGCCUCGAUGUCCACCACGCCUCUGUGCACCCCCGAUGUGCUGGAGUCCAGUGGACCGACUGUCCGCACUUACGUCAACGCCACCUACAAGGCUUUCAACCGCUGCAAGAGAGAAGGCUUUUUCCUGAAAAGCGUCGACCACGCCCCCCUCGCCAAACGCAGAAAGCUGAAGAUGACGAGCACGGGCGUGGAGACUCGAUGGAGCUCCUCCUCGUCCUCCUCCUCUUCUUCCACUUCCUCCACCGCCUCCGCGGCGGCGUCCAAGGAGCAGUCGAAGCAGCCGGUGACUCCCAAACAGAGCAAGGCCAAAUGAUGGAAUGAAUGGGUGCCCUCUAGUGGUCAGUUCCAAACAUCGUCCCUUUCUCCUCCAGUCGUCUGUAAAGCAGAGGAGCCUCAGCGCUUGCUAAGUACAAUUAGCACAAUCAAGAUGUGCUGCCUGGAUUUAUUGGGGAAAAAAUGAGCCAUUGAAUGCAGCAGAAGCGGUUAGAAUGUGGAUCGGAGUAGAUCGCAGUUUUUUAAAGAACUUUUUCAAAAAGGUAUUUUUGAGUGGAGUUUCAGCUGUUUGCACUAUUUGUAGAGAAUGAUCAAAGAGAUCCCCAAAAAUGAAACAAACCCAAGUAUCUAUCAGUGAGGGGACCGUAUGGUAUUUGAGGAUUUUUUUUUUUUUUUUUAAACUGUGUUUUUUGGUUUUUCAGUUUAAAACACCUGUACACUACCACGCCUACAGGUCACUGCAAACACCACAGAGAGUUUUUGCUACACAUCACACACCCACAAAUGACUUUAAAGUAAUUAAGGAAAGAGUUUGGGAAAAAAAAAAAACCUUCUGUAUAGAACUCUUAUUGUGGCGGUCCAGAAAAAGCAACAACAAAAGCAUGAUCAUUUUUUAUUUAUGUCAAAUGAAACAAUUUUUUCCAAUGAGUGUUUGAUCUGCCUUAAAUCCAUUCACCACUUCUAAACAGUGUUGCUGUUCUCUGUGCCAUUGCAGCCUGGUUUGCUACAAAGAUCAUCUAUUUGUAACGAUGACAGGCUUGAUUUUUUUUUUUCUUUUCCCUGAGGAGGGGGUGUUUUUUUUGUUAAUUUUUUAAUCUGAUGUGAUAAAGCUUUGAAAUGGGGACAAUUCAGAAUGAGACACUUAAUCAUGAACUUUUAGGAGACCCUCCUGUGAAAGCGAUGUGCACAAACACACAUCUUGAUUUUCUGCAAAAACAAACAAACAUGUAUGUCAAAUAGGUGUUUUAAUGAUUUUAGUCUCUGACUGUAAUGUUUAUUUUUGAUUGUUGCUCGGAUUAAUGAUUAGUUGAAAACAUUUUGGCUUUAAAGGUGCUUUCCUUGUUAUUUAUUACGACGUCAUUGGUCGGUUGUGGGAUUCUUAUCAUUUAGCUUUCGUGUGGUGCAUGUGCGUGUGCAUGUGAGAGCUGGAGUGACGCUCAGACUUCUGCAGAGAUUCUCACACAAGACGAGGCGUGACUGCAACUUACUGUAUUGCUUCUUUUUUUAUUGCAGAUUCCACCAAUGUCAUUUUAAAGGUAACUUGAUUGUGUCUGAAAUUUGAUGUUUUUACUUAACAGUCUUUUUUUUUGGUGUUUAUGAUUUUUGUCCUCGGUGAUAUUAUAUUUUCUUAUGUUUUUUCAGAAUUGCUGUUGUAUUGAGAUGCACUGUCACUGAUGUUGUAACUGGGAAUUUCAUUUUUGCACCAAGUUUUCUUUGAUCGGUGCAAAUAAACAGUACUUUAAAAAGGA